AUGACCCACCACCCAUCCCACUUCUCCUUCCUAGCAAACGUCUCCACACCCACACCCGGUCUCAUCCAGUCCAUAGCCGGAGCCGGCGCUCACUACUCUGACAUGAAUUCCGUAUCACAUACGGAGGGUCACCACAGACGGACAAGCUCCGGUUCGAAUGGACAUGGACAUUCACAUUCAGCUUCGGGGUUGCAAGUUGGGUCAGGGUCGGGAGGCGUGAAGCAUAGGCGGGUCAGUAGCGUUCCGGCUGGAGAGGUAAAUAUGGAGCUAUAUAAGGAUGUGCUAGAAGAUCUGCAGGAUUUGUAUGAGUGUAGGCCGACGAGGACAAUUAUGGAGAGGAGGUGGAGGAGGGACGCGGUGUUCGAAGACCCGUUGGCGAAGUGUCAAGGUUGGAAUGAGAUUGCUCCUCAGUGGUUCGCUAUGCCCAGAGUCUUUUCAAAGUCUACUACCCUCUCCCGACGGAUCCUCUCGUCCAUCGACUCCCCAAUGCGACGUCUCAUAUUCUACCAAAAGCAAGAGUAUGUCAUUCGCCUCACCGGGCUCAAGAAGGUAGUCGAGUCCAUCAUAGUCGUCGACCUCGACGACGACGACAAGAUCAUCCGUCUUGUCGACCAAUGGGACGGUAAAGAGCCACCGAAUGGAAUGGGCACUGCGCUCCUCCGCCGGCUGAACGGACGAACACUUCCGUGGAUCCCAUACCUAGGGCACGUCCCCAGGAACGGACAUUAA